GAGGCGUGGCCUGACUACGUCACCAGAACCGCACAGCCAGUCCUCAGUUCACUCAAGUGUCAACCCGGCCGGUUUCCUCUUCGCUACUUUACCGGCAUAAAACUAAACGGCCACCCCAAAAAAGUUGGGCCGGGAGUGAGAUGGAUGAAUCAUCGGAACAAACGCGACCUUUCCUGAGAACCGGUCUAGAUGAGGAGGCAAUAGUUGACCAUGGAAAGACGAGCUUCUCCACGCAAUCAAACUACGAAAAGGACGAGUUAGAAAGCCACAGAGCGGUGUACGUAGGCGUUCAUGUUCCUCUUGGAAGAGAAAACAAGCGGAGGCAUCGUCACCGAGGACACAAGCACCACAGAAAAAGAAGGGAUAAAGAUUCUGAGGACGGAAAGGAAAAUGACAGAGAAUCUCCACCUUACGACACUCCAUCUCAGCGGGUCCAGUUCAUUCUGGGCAUGGAGGACGAUGACUUGGAACAUGUCCCACAUGACCUCUUCACUGAGUUGGAUGAGCUUUCCUUCAGAGAUGGCAGUGCUACUGAAUGGAAGGAAACUGCCAGGUGGCUGAAGUUUGAAGAAGAUGUGGAGGAUGGAGGGGAAAGAUGGAGCAAGCCUUAUGUGGCUACGCUGUCACUGCACAGUUUAUUUGAAUUGCGUAGCUGCAUCCUCAAUGGCACGGUCAUGCUGGACAUGCGAGCCAACAGUAUCGAGGACAUCGCUGACAUGGUGAUAGACAGCAUGGUGGCAUCAGGCCAGCUCAAGGAAGACCUGCGUGCGAAGGUGCGAGAAGCCAUGUUGAAGAAACACCACCAUCAGAAUGAGAGAAAGCUCAGUAAUCGCAUCCCUCUGGUGCGCUCCUUCGCUGACAUAGGCAAGAAACAUUCUGACCCAUUCUUGCUUGAGAAAAACGGAGAGGGCCUGUCCUCUUCGCGUCUGUCCCUCCACAAGCCAGGAGCACCCUCUUCUGCUUCCAACCUGGUGCAAAGACAAGAAUCCAGAGUUUCCAUCCUACUCAACCAACUCCUGCCCUCCUCUUCGUCCAACACAGGACGCUCCCCAGGUCCCUCUCCGCUCACCACCCCUCAAAGUACCCCUGCCUUGUUUAGACACGCUUCGCCCAGCCCCCCGUGCACCCAUGGAGCAGGCUUUGGCUCGCAUAGCAUCCCAGAGGUAGUGGUAUCGCCUCCCAACGAUGAUGACCCACCAAAUUCUGCAGAGGAAGAGGCAGCAUCACCACAGCUCAGCCGGCAAUCAUCCUGUGCAUCCCAGGGGCUUGAGCAGCUGCCCUUAGAAGGACCCCUGGUGCAUCCGAGCUCGGUUCCAAAUUACCUGGACGGUGAUAAGGCAGUGGAGCGGCGGCCUUCCAAAGUUGGGGUCAGUAGAGAAAGCAGCAGUGUCGACUUCAGCAAGGUGGACAUGAAUUUCAUGAAAAAGAUUCCCCCCGGUGCCGAAGCGUCCAAUGUUCUGGUGGGAGAGGUGGAUUUCUUGGAGAAACCCAUAAUUGCCUUUGUUCGCCUGUCCCCUGCGGUUCUUAUCACUGGCCUUACUGAGGUUCCGGUGCCCACAAGGUUUCUGUUCCUGCUUUUGGGUCCUCAUGGAAAGGGUCCUCAGUACCAUGAAAUUGGCAGAUCCAUGGCCACUCUGAUGACAGAUGAGAUUUUCCAUGAUGUGGCGUACAAGGCCAAAGACCGAACCGACCUUCUCUCUGGGAUUGACGAGUUCCUUGAUCAAGUGACUGUCCUUCCUCCUGGAGAGUGGGACCCCACGAUCCGGAUUGAGCCUCCAAAAAAUGUACCAUCUCAGCUGAAGAGGAAAAGGCCAUCCCAUCCUAAUGGCACCACAUCUCCAGUUGGAGAACAUGAAAACGAAGGGGACCACUAUGCAGGACCGGAGCUUCAGAGGACUGGCAGGAUAUUUGGCGGUCUCAUAUUGGAUAUUAAGCGGAAGGCCCCGUUUUACUGGAGUGACAUCAGGGAUUCCUUCAGCUUGCAGUGUCUAGCCUCCGUACUCUUCCUCUAUUGUGCCUGCAUGUCUCCUGUCAUUACUUUCGGCGGUCUGCUUGGCGAGGCAACCAAAGGCAAUAUAAGCGCCAUUGAGUCUCUGUUUGGGGCAUCCUUAACGGGAGUGGCAUACUCUCUCUUUGCCGGCCAGCCCCUAACUAUUCUUGGCAGCACUGGGCCUGUUUUAGUCUUUGAGAAGAUCCUCUUUAAGUUCUGCGCGGACUAUGGUCUGUCCUACUUGUCGUUACGAACUAGCAUUGGUUUGUGGACAGCCUUCCUGUGUAUUGUCCUGGUUGCCACAGAUGCGAGCUCUCUGGUAUGCUACAUCACCCGCUUCACGGAGGAAGCUUUUGCAGCACUUAUCUGCAUUAUUUUCAUCUACGAGGCUCUUGAAAAGCUUUUCCAUCUUGGAGAACACUACCCUGUCAAUAGUCACAGCAUCCUGGACAACCUCACAUCAUAUUCGUGUCAGUGCGCUCCGCCAGUUAACGCCUCAGCUCAGCUCUUGCAGACGUGGAACCAGUCAGAAUACAGCCCGGACUCCAUCCCCUGGAGCAGCCUCAAUGUUUCGAUGUGUAAAAUGCUCCAUGGAGAUUUUGUGGGCACAGCCUGCAGUAACCAUGGGCCCUACAUCCCAGAUGUCCUCUUCUGGUCCAUCAUUCUCUUCUUUACCACCUUCUUUUUGUCCUCUUUCCUCAAACAGUUCAAAACAGAGAGAUAUUUCCCCACCAAGGUGCGAUCCACUAUUAGUGACUUUGCUGUCUUUAUAACUAUCAUGAUCAUGGUGUUGGUGGACUACCUAAUGGGGAUUCCCUCCCCUAAGCUAAAUGUCCCUGAUCGUUUUGAGCCUACGUCAAAGAACAGAGGCUGGCUGAUGGACCCUUUGGGAGAAAACCCUUGGUGGACACUGCUGGUGGCGGCACUUCCUGCCCUUCUGUGCACCAUCCUCAUCUUUAUGGAUCAACAGAUCACUGCUGUCAUCAUCAACCGCAAAGAGCACAAGCUUAAGAAAGGCUGCGGCUAUCACCUGGACUUACUGAUCGUGGCAGUAAUGCUGGGCGUGUGUUCUAUUAUGGGCCUGCCCUGGUUCGUGGCUGCUACUGUCCUCUCCAUUUCGCACGUCAACAGCCUGAAGGUGGAAUCCGGCUGCUCUGCUCCCGGAGAACAGCCAAAGUUUCUAGGUAUCCGGGAGCAGCGGGUCACUGGAUUCAUGAUAUUUAUCCUCAUGGGCUGCUCCGUUUUCAUGACAUCAGCGCUUAAGUUCAUUCCGAUGCCAGUGCUGUAUGGAGUCUUUCUCUACAUGGGCGCCUCCUCUCUGAAAGGCAUCCAGUUCUUUGACAGAAUAAAACUGUUCGGCAUGCCUGCCAAGCACCAGCCUGACCUUAUUUACCUGCGCUAUGUUCCUUUGUGGAAAGUCCAUAUCUUCACGCUGGUGCAGCUCACUUGUCUGGUGCUUCUCUGGGUCAUCAAGGCCUCUGCUGCAGCGGUCGUCUUCCCCAUGAUGGUUCUAGCGCUGGUCUUUAUCCGAAAGCUUCUAGAUUUCUUUUUCACAAAGAGAGAGCUAAGCUGGCUAGAUGACUUGAUGCCGGAGAGCAAGAAGAAAAAAGAAGAUGACAAGAAAAAGAAAGCGCGUGCAAAGCUGGAAGAGGAGUCUCGACUACUUCGUAAAGAAGAGCUCGGAUUACAGGUCAGCUUCGACAACUCAAACCUGCUCAACCUCCCAGAAAAGACGCUCUCAGGGAGAUACAGGGUGGGAGUAGUGACCCACAGCCUCCUUCAGGAAGAAGAGCCUGGAGAAGGCGGCUUGCGUUCGAGUGGACAUCAGCCCUGACACGCCAGGAGAGACUUCCACCGUGGAGACCUUCUUGUGAUGGCGUCUCCUCCCGCACAACUGAGGGGACGCCAAACGUACUGUACACACAGCGAAACCUGCCAGUGUAUCUUCAGCACAGCAGGUGAGCUCCACCAGGCUGGCCGGUUGCCAUGGCGAACUGUACUGAUGUACCGUAGAUCCACAUGUAUCGACUUUUUGUUUUUUACCAUUUACAUCUCUGGUGCCAAAGGAAUGGGCCUCAGUGCCGGCGUCAUUGUUAAUUUUAUGAAACUAGUCUCUCUACUGUAAAAACGUCUCCAACACAAAAGUGAGCAGCACCAGCGCCAGUCACUUCAGGAAAUAUCCAUGCCAUCUAAUAUUGUGGAAAUAACCUGUCGCUGUACAAAACAAAACAGAGGUACUUUGCAACAUAUGUAACUAAAAAAGAUACAUUGUAGUGUUCUCUCUUUGUGCAGAACAGUGCUGCUUAAAAAAGAAUUACUUUUAAAAAAAAAUCAGAAUCUUUUUAUCUAUAAAUAUAUAUACUGUACGUUAAAAAUGAAUGCAUGUAUGUUUUUUUUUUUCUACUGUUUCAUUGAUAACGAUGUAAAAAGAUGACGACGGAGGCCAUAUGAAGUCUGUACUGUCCAGUAAGCACUUUGCCAGCAUAUUUUACCUAACUUUACCUAAACAAUUCAGAAAUGUUUAAUAAGCAUUUCGCUUUCUCUCGAAAGACAGCAAUACUGGCCCGUAUGUCUUUAGGGGUGCACGAUAGAUACUGAAUUAUGACCUCAGAACCGAUUAAAAAUAAGAAAAAAUAGCUGUGAUAACCGGUAAAAAUAGAAAAAAAAGACAUGAUUUUACAAGAUUAUAGAUGUGCUAUAGGUGGGUUAGGGUGAGCAAAUUAAGCGCUCCUUUUCUCCUACUAAACGUUCCCUCAGGUCACUGUAAACAAACAUGCCGUCGUUCGUACUUUGUGUGCUAUUUUGCAAACAUUCCGCGUGGAGGGAAACAACAUAACCCUUCAACGCAUUAAACUUUAUCAGCCACCGGAAGGUGUGCACACUGCAAUGUUAAAAAUAAUAUAAGUUAUUGAGAAAGGUUACAGCUUGUCUGUAUUGGUAAAAAUAUUGUGCAUCCCUAAUUAAUGUAUCACAAUAGUUUUAAGCAAUGCUUUUAAUUAUAAACGUUAAUGAAAAUAAUUAACAGAAUAAUGCUAACGUUAGCUUGUUUUUGCUUUGCUGUGAUGCUUUCUUGGCCAAGUACAGUGGAACCUUAAAUGUUGAACAUUAGCAGUUUCCUGAUUCUAGUUAGUUAUUUAGAGAUGAAAAAUGUUUUUCCAUAGAAAUGAAUUGACAUUUAUCAUGUUUUUGCUUGUUUAAUUUACCGUUAAAGGCCUACUGAAACCCACUACUACCGACCACGCAGUCUGAUAGUUUAUAUAUCAAUGAUGAAAUAUUAACAUUGCAACACAUGCCAAUACGGCCUUUUUAGUUUACUAAAUUGCAAUUUUAAAUUUCCCGUGAGUUUCUUGUUGAAAAUGUCGCGGACUGAUGACGCGUACGCGUGACGUCACGGACUGUCAGGAAAUAUUAGCGCUGCACGACUAGCGGCUAAAAGUCGUCUGCUUCAACCGCAUAAUUACACAGUAUUUUGGACAUCUGUGUUGCUGAAUCUUUUGCAAUUUUUUCAUUUAAUAAUGGAGACUAUAAAGAACAAUGCUGUUGGUAGAAAGCGGUGGAUUGCAGCUGUCUUUAGCACCGAGACACAGCCGGUAUUUCUUUUUGUUGUGAAGCAGAGCGGUCAAGCGAACAUGUUUUCUCCACGUCAAUCAGCAUGUUUUUGGAUGAGGAAAUUGUAAUAUAUAUCUUACCGGAGACAUCAGUGGAUUAUUCGUCGUCCUGCAGCAGCUGUCAAAAAAGGCAGCUGUGAACUUGGGUCCUCGGCUUUUCUCUGAGACACUGUGUGUUCACCGCAGCCAUCUGUCCUCGAGGUAUGUCUUUAAAAUCUCAUUAAAACAAUAAGCAGAUAAGGGAUCUUCCAGAAUUAUCCUAGUAAAUGUAUCUAAUUACAUCUGAAACGCUCACACUGCCGCCGCCCGGAGCCGCCGCUUUUUUUUUUGUUUUUUUCUAGUCCUUCACUAUCAAUAUCCUAAUUCACUAAUAUUUCAUCCUCGCUCAAAUUAAUAGGGAAAUUGUCGCUUUCUCGGUCCGAAUUUCUCUUACUGCUGGUGGCUCCCAUUAUAAACAAUGUAAAUAUGUGAGGAGCCUUGCAACUCGUGACGUCAUGCGCACAUACUUCCGGUAAAGGCAGGGCUUUUCUAGUAGCGACCAAAAGUUGCAAACUUUAUCGUGGAUGUUCUCUACUAAAUCUUUUCAGCAAAAGUAUGGCAAUAUCGCGAAAUGACCAAGUAUGACAUAGAAUGGACCUGCUAUUCCCGUUUAAAUAAGACAAUCUCAUUUCAGUAGGCCUUUAAGCAAAUGUUUUAACCUUUUCCUAUAAAAUGACACAGGGUUUAUUGUAUGAUAUAGUUUAUUUGUGUUUAUAUUUGAAAUGGAGUGGGAAGAAGAAGCGUUACCACUUAACAUAUUUGUGUAUAUUUACGUCAAGCAAAUAUCCUAAUGGUAUCCACAGGUCUGCACUCAUGAUCUUGGUAUCAAAGUAAAGGGGAUACUUUAAUGCUUACUGCACAUGUGAGAAUGUAGCCAUCAAUGCGACGUUUGUAAAUGUAAGUGUAUAUGGUUUGUUCAGUCAGUUAUAGCGGUAGAGGAAUUAUCUCGUACCGUUGGAAGUGUUGGCUUUCAAGCUGGGCCGAGUUUCUAUUAUUAGGGUUUUGUAUUACAAAGUUAUUUAUGACAAAUGCUAAUCUUGUUGUCAUUUGGGCUUUGAAUUGUCUUGUUUUCCUAAAAUCAGUUGUUUAGCUUUUAGCUGACGUUUUUCUCUUUACGUGGACAGCUACAGUAUUGUGAUAGUAAGCAAUUACCAUGCAACAGCACCUCUGGCCCUCUGUUUUUAUUAGGUAGUUUUGACACUCAUAAAUGUCAUAGGAGUAUGAAAUUAAGUUAAUCAGCAUAUCUUGAUACAUUAAAACAAUGAGGCUUCUUUUUUUUUUUCAAGACAUUAACCUCUAUGUAAUUAAAUGGGAACUGCACUUUUUUGGUAUUUUGCCCAUCAUCCACAAUCCUUAUGAGACAAGAACACGCAUCUUUCCCUUUUCUGUGCGUUCUAAGUAGUGAAAAUCGGCUUUUACGUAAUUAGGGUUCAUACAAUAUAUUCCGCCUAUAAAGCAGUCUAAUAAAGCAUCCGCAAACCGGCAACAAUGCUCCAUUUUUAUGCCGUUACCUGCAUAAUAAUCAAGCUAUUGAUACAUUAUUUUAUUGGGGGGGACUUUACCUGUAAACACCAUUUUUAGGUCCAUAGCUAUGAAAGAAGUGCCAAUGUUGUCAGCAUUAGAGGGGCCUUGAACAGCCUUUAUUGAGGCUGGUCUUUGAUUUGUGGAGGGAAACCACACCAAUCUAAAGAAGAAGCCCAACAAAACGAGGCUGUUGAAGUCGUAUGCGAUCUUUUGAGGUUCCACAGUACUAUUAGCCGUCUUUGUGGCAACUGCUGCUGCACUUUUAAAUCACACACAAUCACAAACACAUUCUUGUACUUCUUACCUUCUUGAGACCUCCGAAAAAUGCCUACCUCUUUAGGACCAGCCUUUCUAGAUAUAUAAAGAUUUGUAUUUACAACAUUAAUAAUAUAUACUCACUAUCCGAUUAUAAAAAGGUAAGCUUUGUUAUUUUUAUUUUUAAGUUUGUAAUCUGUUUUUAAUAUUCAUUAUCCAUCCAUCCAUCCAUUUUUCUACCGCUUGCCCCUUUUGGGGUUGCUGGAGCCUAUCUCAGCUGCAUUCAGGCGGAAGAGAGGUGGCGACUUGUCCAGGGUGUACACCGCCUUCCGCCCAAAUGCAGCUGAGAUAGGCUCCAGCGACCCCGAACGGGACACGCGGUAGGAAAUGGAUGCAUGGUCGCCAAAUUUUCAUUAUUUACUUCAAGUUAUUACAGUAUGUCUCUUUAUCAGUGGUUCUUGACCUAGGUUCGAUCGAACCCUAGGGGUUCGGUGAGUCGGCCUCAGGGGUUCGGCAGAGGUGAAGACACACCCCACUCAUCGUGGAAAUAAAAACUUCUCCCUAUCGGCGUAUUAUGUACACCUCCCAAACAAUGUUUCCUCUAACGGCAUAGCUCGGUUGGUAGAGUGGCCGUGUCAGCAACUUGAGGGUUGGAGGUUCGAUUCCUGCUUGUGCCAUCCUAGUUACUGCCGUUGUGUCCUUGGGCAAGACACUUUACCCACCUGCUCCAAGUGCCACCCACACUGGUUUAAAUGUAACUUAGAUAUUGGGUUUCACUAUGUAAAGCGCUUUGAGUCACUUGAGAAAAGCGCUAUAUAAAUAUAAUUCACUUCACUUCACUUCACUAACGGUCCAUCUGAUUUGCAGGUGUGUAGUUAGUUGUGAGUUCAUGCACUGAGUUGUUUUUGUUCUUUGAACAAGGUGAUGUUCAUUGUGUGCACCAUUAAAAAAAAACACAUAACAUUGUCUUGAAUUUGAAAAAAAGAAAGAUAUUUAUCACUAAAGAUGGGUUCGGUGAAUGCUUAUAUGAAACUGGUGGGGUUCGGUACCUCCAGCAAGGUUAAUAACCACUGCUCUAUAUACAUUUUUUUUGUUUGUUUUAUUAAUUUUUCCCUAAGGGGGCGCAUUUCAGUUUCUUACACACACUUGUUCUUACAUAUUUCGGCCAGAGGGGGAGCGCUUCAAAUUUCCACACACACUUGUUAUUUCAUAUGUUGACCAGAGGGGGGGCGAUUUUAAAACCGACAGUCAAUAUGAAAAAAAAUCUCUCUUUUUUUGAGACUACCCUAAUUUUGAUAAAUGUCACCAGUAGGGGGUGCAAAUGAGACAUUCUCUAUUAGCUGCAAUGGUUUUCCGUAUUGGGACCGUGAUUUAUGUCCUAACUUGGUCAUCGGUCCUCAUAAGGACGGUACUUUUCUUUGGUGAUGUCUCAAGAAGGGCAGAAAUACAAGAACACACACACACACACCAGCCAACAUGUUAGUGGGUAAUAAUGAUAGAGACCCCACUUAGUUGCACCUAUUUUUCUACUGUCUGUGUUACUGUACCGUGUGUGGUAGAUGUAGAAAAAAAUAUAUAUAUUUUAGUGACGCUCAACAUUUUAUGCAAAAGCAAUAUUUCUGACAUUAAUAAUAUGAUACAAAGCUGUUCUAGUUUUCGCUAAGUGCCGUCUUGUUUUUAGCAAUAAGUGUUCCAUGCGUAUGGAUUCAUGACACGAUGUGUAAUAUGCAGGCGAAGGUUAGUGUAUAGCUGUCGCGUGACUUUGUGCCUUGUCAAAGCUUUUUAUGUGCAAAUGUGUUGUACUCUUCAUCCAGUGCUCACACCGGCAUACAGUAUAUGGAUAUAUAGUACAUAAAUAUACAGUAUAUAAAUGCCAAAGACAUCCGUUAACAGUGGACCAGUGCAUUCAUUAGUCUUGGUAAAGUAAAUAUUAUCUGGCUUCAAACUGGAAGUGAACAUCCACCAAUCAGGUCAUGUGACUGUUGAAUGUCAACAUAGUGUACACGUCUGCGGUUCAAGACCGAUGUUAGCGCAAAUAUAAAGGUAAUAACAAAUAAAGAAAUACACCAUG